AUGGCUGACCUGGCAGUGAGCUUGGCCAAAUCGGUGGUGGAGGGGGCUGUGACCAAGACCCUGGCGGCGAUUGAGGAGGAGGCAACGCUGCGGCAGAGCACGCAGAACGACCUGGCGUUCAUCACCGGUGAGUUCCAGAUGAUGCAGUCCUUCCUCAAUGUCGCAGAUGAGGAGCGCGCCAGGAACAACGUGGUGAGGACCUGGGUGAGACAGGUCCGUGACCUCGCAUACAACGUGGAGGACUGCAUCGAGUAUGUGAUCCACCUUGACAAGGCGUCAGACUGCCACUGCCGCUGCCUCCCAGGCUUCAUCAGGCCAGAGCUGCCGCUGGACAAGGCAGUCGCCGAGAUAAAGCUGCUCAAGGGCAGGGUUGAGGAGGUGAGCCUUAGGAACAUGCGCUACAACCUCAUUAGUGAUUCAGGUUCCAAGCCCGUCACGCAGCAACAGUUGGUGCCUGGUGCUUCUGUCGGUGCCACAACAUUUGACAUGCUCGUCAAAGCAAGAGAUACCACAAAGAUGCAACGAGGAUUAGGAGAUCUGACCAAGUUGUUGAUCACCAAGAAACCUGGUGGAGACCUUGGAGUGAUCUCAGUGUGGGCAGCAGGUGGCAAUGCUGAUACCACACCCAUCAUCAGGGAGGCUUAUGGCAAACCAGAAAUAUGUGACAGCUUCAGAUGCCGUGGCUGGGCAAAGCUGUCGCACCCUUUCAAUCCCCAUGAGUUCCAGCGGAGCUUGCUGAUUCAGUUCCACACAAACUCAUGCCUACAAAAGAAAUCGGGUGUAGACGUUGGUACCCUCAAGAGAUUGGAAGUGGCUGCAGAAGGCGAACUUAUUGAAGAGUUCAUGGAGCAAAUGAAGGAGAGGUACCUGAUUAUCCUGGAAAACGUUUCCAGUAUGGUAGAGUGGGACACCGUCAGAGCUUACCUGCCUGAAGAGAAAAAUCACAGCUGGGUCAUCAUCUCUACUCAGCAAUCUGAAGUCGCUAGGCUGUGUGUUGGAGAUCCAUGGCAAGUGUUUGAGCUUAAGCAGUCCUCAGCCGAACACUCUGUAUGUGUCUUCUUCAGGGAGGGUUCUCAAGGCGACGGAGAUAAAAGCAAGCAAACCACUAUGGUGAUGGCUAACAAUAAUGAGGCAUCAUCAUCAAUGGGUGUCCAAAACAACACUGAUAUGUGUAUUGGUCGAUUCCCCCUAGUUAAAGUACGUGAUUCACAGAUGAAAGAUCUCCGUGGCUAUUUAGCCAGGGCGUGUGUUAAUGGUGUUCCUGUGAUAUCCGUGUGGGGGAUAGCUGGUGUUGGGAAAUCAGCUCUAGUCAGGAACUUAUACUACGACAUAAUGUAUGACAGUAGCAACAGAAUAUUUACCAUGUACAGUUGGGUGGAUGUAUCACAUCCAUUCAAUUUAAGGAACUUGGCUUGGAGCUUACUUUCACAACUUCAGUCAGAUUCUCCUCAGCAAAAUGGAAUCAGCAAUCCCAUUCAAGAGUGUCAUGAGCUUCUGGAGAAGCAUCGCUGCCUUGUCAUUAUAGAUGGUUUGCAAUCCACAGAAGAGUGGGAUCUAAUACGACAUUACUUGGUAUCUACACAUUGUAGAAGCAUUAUCGUUGUGAUUACGACUGAAGCAAGCAUAGCCAUACAUUGUGCAAAUCGAGAAGAGGCCAUGUACAAUGUCAAAAGUCUAGAAGACGAUGAAGCACGUGAUCUCUUCAAAAAGAAGGUAGGCACAUUUCCAGAUUCGUCCGCUUUAAGGGAUUCUAAAGAUCCGGAGCUUCGAAAACUUAUUUCCAUGUGUGGCGGACUUCCCAAAGUAAUAGUUGCUGUAGCCAACUUUUUGGCACCCAUGACAGUCAGCUGGAUGAAAACCGCAAUGAAUCUUAGUGACAGAUUUAUGCAUGAUCUGGAGACUAAACCGGAAUUUGAUAACCUGCGUGGACUAUUUGGUUGGAUGCAUUCCUACUUCCGUACUUGCCCAGAUUAUCUCAAGCCAUGUAUCCUCUACCUGUCCAUUUUCCCGCAAGGCCAAAGCAUUCGACGGAGGCGUCUAGUGAGGCGGUGGAUCGCAGAGGGUUACUCGAGGGACACGUCCAACAGAACGGUCAUGUGCCAAAUCAAUGGCUUCUUCCGCGAGUACAUCAUAUCAAGGCAAAAGGAUGAGGACCUUGUCUUCGAACUGGAGGGCAGGUGCAUAUUGACCAGUCAACGCACAGGACGGCACCUUGUCAUAAAGGAUAGCUGGGACAGAGACAAGAUCGUGUUCAGUAGUAUUGACUUCUCAAGGCUACGCUCCCUCACUGUGUUUGGACAGUGGAAGCCCUUCUUCAUCAGUGACACUAUGAGGGUGCUCCGGGUGCUUGAUCUCGAGAAUGCAACAGGUGUGACAUAUAAAUACCUGGAGCAGAUGCUGAAGCUGCUUCCUCGCCUCAAGUUGCUCUCUCUAAGAGGAAUAAGAGAGAUCUGCCAUCUGCCAAGUUCAUUUGCUGCUCUGAGACAACUUGAAACUCUGGAUGUCAGGGACACCUCCAUAGUCACUUUGCCACCAUCCAUCACCAAACUUACCAAGCUGCAAUACAUCCGUGCUGGCACAGCCAAGGAACCAUCAGUAGCAUGUGCUCAUUUGUCAUGGUUGCCUUGCUGCCGCAGAGCUUGUCCUGUAGGUGGUGUUCAGGUGCCUGCAGGGAUUGAGGAACUUACAUCCUUGCACACUCUUGGUGCCGUCAAUGUUGGUUUUUCAGGGGGCAACACCAUCCUGAAAGAGCUCAAGAAGCUCACCCAAUUGCACAAGCUCGAAGUGACCGGCGUCAACAAGAAAAACAGCAAAGAGUUCUGUUCUACCAUCUCAGACCAUGUUCAUUUGGAAUCCUUAUCAGUUUGGCUCUGCAUGGGCAAUAAUGAACCAUGUUUGAAUGACAUGUUCUGGCCUCUGCAGAAACAUCUGGAAAAACUUCAAAGCCUUAAACUAUAUGGUCUUGCAAAAGUGGUGCCACCAUGGAUCAAAGAUCUUCCUAAACUCACAAAGUUACAUGUGAAUAUGGCAAUAUCAAAAAAUGUUAACAUAAGCGAAGUUCUUGGGGAAAUAAAAGGACUAUGUAUUCUACGUCUUGAUAUCAGGCCACUUGAAGAUGGUGAUGGUGACCUUAACUUUUGUGUCAAGGUGAAUGGAGUAGAGCAGCGCAGUUAUUUGAACGUCAGGAUACUUGAGAUUGCUUGUAACUCUGAGUUAAAUGUAUCCUUUGGAUCAUUAGCAAUGGAAAAUCUUGAGCUGCUGACAGCUAAAUGCUGUACUGGGUCGGCAGUGAAGUUUGCUGAGCUAAAGAGUCUGUCUAAAGGAAAACUCAAGGAGGUGUGGUAUUUGGGUUCCCUUGACAACAAAGUUAAGGUGGACAUGGAGAAUCAACUUAACCAGCAUCCUAAGACACCUGCUUUGAAACUGGAGGAACCAUGUUCGUCCUGA